CCCUGCCUCUGCAGAAACAGCUCCCUGCCAGAACGGCGCUCGGCGCGGCGCGGCCCGGAGCGGCGGCGGCGCCUCUUCCUGCCUGCUCGCCCUCAGGAGUUGCUGGAUCUUUUUGACAGAGAAAAGCCGACAGGGGCCUCGGGGAGGACUGGCCACGAGCGGGCAGAGACGUUUCAGCCCCCCUGCUGGCCGGGCGGACCCUUCUCCCUCCGUCCGGGGGUCCGCCGCUCCCCCACUCCCCUCCUUUCCGCCUCUUCUCGCUCUGCCUCUCUAGAUUUAUUUUUUCAAAUGGUGUAGCCGCCAGAGGUGCGGUGCUAAAUUCUUGGAAGGGGCCCGGAUGUACUGAGGAUGCAUUACAAUUUCACAAAAGGAGGCAGUAGUGGAAAGGAGCAGUUUUUGGUGUUUGAUGCAAUAAUGGGAAUCAGGUAAUCAUCAGAAGGGAAGAAGAAAUACUGCAGAUCCACGGCUUCCUUGAAUUUUGCACGAAAGCCGACCUCGGAGGAGGGAUUAAUCCAGACCCGCUUGGGGGUGUUUUGCCAUUUCUUCCUCUUCGUGGCUUCUCCUUUUAAAACAAUUUUUGGUCAAUGGUCAAUGAGAACACGAGGAUGUACAUUCCAGAGGAAAACCAUCAAGGUUCCAACUAUGGGAGCCCGCGCCCCGCUCAUGCCAACAUGAAUGCCAAUGCCGCUGCAGGACUCGCCCCUGAGCACAUCCCUACACCGGGGGCGGCCUUGUCCUGGCAGGCGGCCAUCGACGCGGCCCGGCAGGCCAAGCUGAUGGGGAGCGCCGGCAACGCGACCAUCUCCACCGUCAGCUCCACACAGCGGAAGCGGCAGCAGUACGGGAAACCCAAGAAGCAGGGCAGCACGACAGCCACGCGCCCGCCCCGUGCCCUGCUCUGCCUGACUCUGAAGAACCCCAUCCGGAGGGCGUGCAUCAGCAUCGUCGAAUGGAAACCAUUUGAAAUAAUUAUUUUACUGACUAUUUUUGCCAAUUGUGUGGCCUUAGCGAUCUAUAUUCCCUUUCCAGAAGAUGACUCCAACGCCACCAAUUCCAACCUGGAACGAGUGGAAUAUCUCUUUCUCAUAAUUUUUACUGUGGAAGCAUUUCUAAAAGUAAUAGCCUAUGGACUUCUCUUUCACCCCAACGCUUACCUCCGCAAUGGUUGGAAUUUACUAGAUUUUAUAAUUGUGGUUGUAGGGCUUUUUAGUGCAAUUUUAGAACAAGCAACCAAAGCCGAUGGGGCAAAUGCUCUGGGAGGGAAAGGAGCUGGAUUUGACGUGAAGGCACUGAGGGCAUUCCGUGUGCUGCGCCCCUUGCGCCUGGUGUCUGGAGUCCCAAGUCUCCAGGUGGUUCUGAAUUCCAUUAUCAAGGCCAUGGUGCCCCUGCUGCAUAUUGCCCUGCUAGUGCUGUUCGUCAUCAUCAUCUAUGCUAUCAUUGGCCUGGAGCUCUUCAUGGGGAAGAUGCAUAAGACCUGCUACAACCAGGAGGGCAUAGCAGAUGUUCCAGCAGAAGAUGAUCCUUCCCCUUGUGCUCUGGAGACAGGCCAUGGGCGGCAGUGUCAGAACGGCACUGUGUGCAAGCCCGGGUGGGACGGGCCCAAGCACGGCAUCACCAACUUCGACAAUUUUGCCUUCGCCAUGUUGACGGUGUUCCAGUGCAUCACCAUGGAGGGCUGGACAGACGUGCUGUACUGGAAUGUCCAUGCCUCUCCUAAAAUAGUGGGGAAAGGAGGCACACCAGCGGGCUUGCUUGAUCAGAAGAAAGGGAAGUUUGCUUGGUUUAGUCACUCCACAGAAACCCAUGUGAGCAUGCCCACAAGCGAGACCGAGUCUGUCAACACCGAAAACGUGGCUGGAGGUGACAUCGAGGGAGAGAACUGCGGGGCCAGGCUGGCCCACCGGAUUUCCAAAUCAAAGUUCAGCCGCUACUGGCGCCGGUGGAACCGGUUCUGCAGAAGAAAGUGUCGUGCCGCAGUCAAGUCUAAUGUCUUCUACUGGCUUGUGAUCUUCCUGGUGUUCCUCAACACGCUCACCAUCGCCUCGGAACACUACAACCAGCCCCACUGGCUCACGGAGGUGCAAGACACGGCCAACAAGGCACUGCUGGCCCUUUUCACUGCAGAGAUGCUGCUGAAGAUGUACAGCCUAGGCCUGCAGGCCUACUUUGUGUCCCUCUUCAACCGCUUUGACUGCUUCAUCGUGUGCGGGGGCAUCCUGGAGACCAUCCUGGUGGAGACCAAGAUCAUGUCUCCCUUGGGCAUCUCUGUGCUGAGAUGUGUCCGGCUGCUGCGGAUAUUUAAAAUCACAAGGUACUGGAACUCCUUAAGCAACCUGGUGGCAUCCUUGCUGAAUUCUGUGCGCUCCAUUGCCUCCCUGCUGCUGCUCCUCUUCCUCUUCAUCAUCAUCUUCUCUCUCCUGGGGAUGCAGCUCUUUGGGGGAAAGUUCAACUUUGAUGAAAUGCAGACCCGGAGGAGCACAUUUGAUAACUUUCCCCAGUCCCUCCUCACUGUGUUUCAGAUCCUGACCGGGGAGGACUGGAAUUCGGUGAUGUAUGAUGGGAUCAUGGCUUAUGGCGGCCCCUCUUUUCCAGGGAUGUUAGUCUGUAUUUACUUCAUCAUCCUCUUCAUCUGUGGAAACUAUAUCCUACUGAAUGUGUUCUUGGCCAUUGCUGUGGACAACCUGGCUGAUGCUGAGAGCCUCACAUCUGCCCAAAAGGAGGAGGAAGAAGAGAAGGAAAGAAAGAAGCUGGCCAGGACUGCCAGCCCAGAGAAGAAACAAGAGGUGGUAGAGAAGCCAGCAGUGGAGGAGACCAAGGAGGAGAAAAUUGAACUGAAAUCCAUUACAGCUGAUGGAGAGUCCCCACCCACCACCAAGAUCAACAUGGAUGACCUCCAGCCCAAUGAAAAUGAGGAUAAGAGUCCCUACCCAAACCCAGAAAAUACAG